CUCUCUCUCUCUCUCAUCCCACCCCGAAACCAAAUACAGGGAUAGUUGUCUUAUUAUUAGUGACUUAAAUGAUGCUUUUGAACGAGAAGAUGCUGGGUACUUUUGGUGGCUAGCACCAUCCCACUUUUUUUCUUUUAAAUUCCUGAGCUGUUGUUUACUAGUACAUUUCUUUUAUUCCUGUUUCUACUAAAGCUGAGUGUUACUUGGGUGGAAAGCCUAAUUGCUUUCUUUUCUAGGUCCUUAAACCCUUUGCUAAUGUUUCUGUCUGAGCGUUCCCAAAGCCAGGGUUCUAGGAGAGUUUGGCAUGUCUGAACAGCUGAACCACGAAAUAAUGGAGUAGGUCCGGCGGGGUGUGGGAGCAGGGCAUUCUGUCAAUAAAAGAGCUCCCCUCUCUGCACACAUGGCCAGUUAAUAGGCCAUUCUGGGAAAGUAUGGACGGGGAGGGGGCUUCUGAGAAUCGCCGGUGACAGUUAAGUGGCCUUUUGUUGACGUCCUCUGCUGAACAACUUUGUUGGAUUUAGUCUCUGCCUUUCCCCCCACCUCCUGUGGAUUUUCUGUUAGAUUCAUCAUUUACCAUUCACGCAUCAUCUUUCACUCUCUCCUUCCAAUAUGACUGCUUUGUGUGCCGGCCUUGGCUUUAUUCCUCCAUUCCCAGCCCAUAAAGGGGGCUGUGCGGGGCUUCAGCUGGACUGAGAAAUUGACUCUGCUGUCUGUUCAGAACUAUAAUGAUUGCAGUGACCUUCAUGUCUGGCAGAAAAUGCACUACCUAUGCCGGCAUAAUGGCGACCAGCUGAAGAUAGAGAAAAGGGAGCCUUCACUGAAUUCUUUCUCAUGCUAUAUAUAUUUCCUUUGUUCCCCUCUCCAUUCCCUUCUGUCCCCCUUCUCCCCACUGCAGCUGGAGAACUGACCUAAGAUGCAGCUGUGACUCAGGGUUUAUGCUUGGAAAUAAUAAUACCUUCUAUUUUGCAGGCUUUGCCAAGCCAGUUCACCUACGUUGUCUCAUCUAAUAUUCCCCCAAACCCCUGUGAGGUAGGGAGGGGAGGUAUCAUAAACCCCAUUUUACUGAUGAGUGAACUGAGACUUAGAGAGAUUAGGGCAGUUGCCCUAGGUCUUUUAGACAGGAAGUGAGCACACAGUCUCUGUCUCUAAACCCGGCGUUCUUUCAAUGGCGUCCACACCCUUAUGUGCCGGGCCUGCCGGCCUUUAGGUGCUGUGCUGUGCUGAGGCCUCGGCCAUGCCCGCGCACGAGGAAAGCCCCUGAAGCUCGCCGGAAGGAAGAAGCAUGCAGGGGACCCCUGGAGGAGGCGCAGGACCUGGGCUGUCCCCUGUGGACAGGUGGACGCUCCUGGUCUUCAGCUUUACGUUGGCAGCAGCUUUGGGCCAAAUGAAUUUCACGGGAGACCAGGUUCUUCGAAUCCUGGCUAAAAACGAGAAGCAGCUUUCACUUCUCAGGGAUCUGGAAGGCCUGAAGCCCCAGAAGGUGGACUUCUGGCGUGGCCCAGCCAGGCCCAGCCUCCCUGUGGAUAUGAGGGUUCCUUUCUCUGAACUGAAAGACAUCAAGGCUUACCUAGAGUCUCACGGCCUUGCUUACACCAUCAUGAUCAAGGACAUCCAGGUGCUGCUGGAUGAGGAGAGAGAAACCAUGGCCAAAUCCCGGCGCCUGGAGCGCAGCACCAGUAGCUUCAGCUAUUCCUCUUACCACACCCUGGAGGAGAUAUAUAGCUGGAUCGACAACUUUGUAGCUGAGCACUCAGAUAUUGUUUCAAAAAUUCGGAUUGGCCACAGCUUUGAAAAUCGGUCCAUUGUUGUUCUGAAGUUUAGCACUGGAGGAUCUCAGCGCCGGGCCAUCUGGAUCGACACUGGAAUCCACUCCCGGGAGUGGAUCACCCAUGCCACUGGCAUCUGGACCGCCAAGAAGAUUGUCACCGAAUAUGGCAAAGACCGCACCCUGACAAACAUACUGAACGCCAUGGACGUCUUCAUGGAGAUUGUCACCAACCCUGAUGGGUUUGCAUUUACCCACAGCAUGAACCGCCUGUGGCGGAAGAACAAGUCCACCAGACCCAGAACCUUCUGCAUCGGUGUGGAUCUUAACAGGAACUGGAGGUCAGGUUUUGGAGGAAAUGGCUCUAAUAACAACCCCUGCUCAGAGACUUAUCGCGGGCCGUCCCCUCAGUCGGAGCCAGAGGUGGCUGCCAUUGUGGCCUUUAUCACAUCCCACGGGAACUUCAAAGCUCUGAUCUCCAUUCACAGCUACUCUCAGAUGCUCAUGUUCCCUUAUGGCCACUCACUGGAGCCCAUUCCAGACCAGAAGGAGUUGUACGAUCUGGCCAAGGACGCAGUGCAGGCCCUGUACGAGGUCCAUGGCAUCGAGUAUAUUUAUGGGAGCAUCAGCACCACCCUUUAUGUGGCCAGCGGGAUCACUGUUGACUGGGCCUAUGACAACGGCAUCAAAUACUCCUUCACCUUUGAGCUCCGGGACACGGGGCGCUUUGGCUUCCUGCUGCCAGCGUCCCAGAUCAUCCCCACAGCCCAGGAGACGUGGCUGGCGCUUCGAACCAUCAUGGAGCACACCCUGAAUCACCCCUACUAGCACCACCACCGAGGGCAGAGCAGCAAGGGUCAUUCCCUUCCCCAAGGACUGGGGUUCCUCCUGAAACCCAAGGGAUGCUUCCUCUUCCCCACACCCCAACCCUGGCCCCUUAGGAAAUAAAUACAAGU